AUGAAUCACUAUCGAGCUGCAGCUGAAACUGCUCAAAGUGAACUCGCAGCACUUUCAGUGAAGUAUGACUGUGCCCAGUCAGAGCUGCUUAAACUCAGGUCGAGCAUGAUCUCUAAAGAAGCUUCUUUUCAAGAGCUGAAGGCUGAAGCUGAAAGCUAUAAGGAAAACAAUGCUAGACUGAUGUCUCGCCUCCUGUCUUUGCAAACGCGAAUCCAGGAGAUGGAAAAAGAGCUGUGUGUGCUUGCUGCUUCUAAAAACCAGGCUGAGCUGACAGCUCAGGUGGCAUAUAAGGAAAAUUUGGAGCUGAAGGAGGAGCUUCAUGAGAAAAGUGCCAGACUUAAUAAAUAUUUGAGUGAAUGCGAAGAAAACAUGACUCAAGCUUCUAAAAUCAGCAAAAACUAUGAAGAGCUCCUUACAUGUCUUUCUGGAUUCUUGGACAUAGACAUCAGAGAAAAAGAGAAACCACAAGAACAUUUAACAUCAAAGGUCUCUGAAAUACGCAAAGAAAAUGUGACACUAAAAGACGAGGUUGCUGCUCUUCAAGAAGCUGUGAAAGUCCAUGAGAUGGAGUCUAAAGCUAACAGAGAAACUAUCAUGAGACUAGUUUCAGAAGUGGCCAAGGAGCAGAAAAAGGCAGCAGGAUAUUACCAAGACAUGGAUAAACUUAGUAAGGAUCUUGGCAGUGCUAUAAUAAAGAAGCAGAGUUUAGAGAUGGAGAUCAGAAACCUCCAAGAGAAACUGACUGUUAACCAGAAAGCUUUGGACACCUCAAAGCAGGAGCUGCACAAUCUGAAGAAAUCUUCCAGCGAGUUAGAUGCAAACUUUAAGAGUAGCAGAGAAGAGGCCAGGACUGCUCAGAGCUCUUUAGAGGCUUUUAAAGAAGAAAUUGCUACCCUGCUCAGCUGUGGAUCUGCAAUAGUUAAACCUUCUGAGAAGGCCAUUUUGGAGAGGAUCCAAGAAAUAAAUUGUGAAGAGGAGAAUAAAGAAAUAAUGGUAUCUCAGCUUGAAACACAAUUAGCUAAAUCGACUAAAGCUUUGGAAAAUCAGACCAGAUUGUACCAUGAAGCCCUAGAGAGGAACAGGAAAGCUGAAAAAUGUUCUGAGAAUUUCCGCGAUCAAGUGAAACACUUGGAAGAGGAAUUAUUAACUAGAGACCUGAUGCAAGAUGGUUUGAAGCUUGAGAAACAAAAAUAUCUGAAAUUUCUGGAGCAACUUAAUGAGAAGAUGAAGCUGGAUAGUCUAGCAGCAGAAGUUGGAUUUGAUAUGACUAUGGAUAUGAUUCUGGCCCGGGUAGAGCAGUUGGUAAAACUGGAAGGGGAUGCGGUAGUUGAGAACAAGACUGUGGCAUACAGCCUCAGAAGGAAGUUGAAGGCUCAGAAAGAAAAGCUUGAAAGCAGAGAGCUGCACAUGAACCUUCUGCGGCAGAAAAUAACCCAGCUGGAGGAAGAGAAGCAAGUAAGGACUGCCUUAGCUGUGGAAAGGGAUGAGGCCAAUCUCGCUGUCAGAAAGUUACAUAAGAUGAUAGAGAGGCUACAGAAGCAGCUUGAUCUGGCAAGGAAAACAAAUACUGAUCUCAAAGCCAAGUUGUCUGAAACCAGUGAACUUAAGAUCAAAACUUUGGAGCAGAACAGAACAAUAGAGGAACUCAGUAAAUCUCAAGACAAAUUGGAAAGAAUGAAAGAAAAAGCUGAGAAACAACUUAAAUCUGCUAAAUCGGAACUUCUUUUAAAGGAGCGUAAAGCUACUGAAGAUAAAGAGAAAAACAAAAAUAUGUUAGAAGCAGUUACCAGUGAGAUGAAGGUGCUUAAAACAACCCUUGCAGAACUAGCAAAAAGAGAGAGACAGCUGGCAGAUUUUCGAGAGGUGGUCUCGCGGAUGCUGGGCCUCAACAUUGCCAGCCUGGCUCUUCCUGACUAUGAAAUCAUUACACGCCUUGAAGGGCUGAUUCACUCCCAUCAGCACCACUUCUUCCCCUGUGUUUGCCUCAAAGAUGUGGCAAGAACCCCAGAGGAACAGUAAGGAAACAUCCAGCUUCUUCACUGGAACAAAGUAAAAUUUUCUGUUUGCUUCCUUACCUGCUGGACCUCCACAGAAAACAGAUCUCUAUUUCUGUUUCCUAUUCUAGAGACAGCAACCAGGGCCAAUUUUUUAGAACUUCAACAGAGAGACUGAUUGGAAUGGGUAGAGUCAAGCCAACAGCCUGGA